AUGUGGAAGGGAUUGCUCGUCGCGGGCGCGACCGGCCUGCUUGGGCUGGUCCAUGGCCUCGCCUCGACCGACACCAUCACCUGGGGCGGCGACAACUCGCGCGCCGGCUACCAGACGACGCACAACAUGGACCCGGCGAUUGUCGGCAGCGCCCAGUUCGGACUCGCCUGGGAGACGAAGCUGCCCGGCAACUACGGCGGCCAGGCGGAGCAGAUCUACUCGCAGCCGUUGGUGUACACGCCCGCGGGCGACGACCGUCAGUUUGUGUACUGGUCGACGACCCAGAACAACGUCUACAAGGUCGACGCCAAGACGGGCGAGAUUGUCGCGUCGCGGAACCUGCACAUCCCCUUUCUGACGGCCGACCUCGACGGCUGCGUGGACAUUAACCCGCACAUUGGCGUCACGGGCACGGGCGUGAUCGACCCGGACACGGAGACGCUCUACAUUGCCGCAAAGACCUAUGCCAACGAGGACGUCACGGGCGCCCAGGGCCGUCCCCAAGGCCGCUACUACAUCCACGCCCUCGACGUCAACGACCUCUCGGAGCGACCCAACUUCCCCAUCAGCAUGAACGGCGAGGUCCCCGACAACAACCCGGAUCGCACCUUUGUCAGCGGCGACCUGCUCCAGCGACCCGGCCUGCUGCAGCAGGGCGACUACAUCUUCAUCGCCUUUGGCUCGCACUGCGUCCAGUGGCUCUUCACCGGCUGGAUCGUCGGCUUCCACAAGACCACGGCCGAGUUCACCGCAAAGUUCGCCACGCAGGGCGAGAAUGUCGUCGACGAGGGCGCGGGCGUCUGGAUGUCGGGCGGUGGCCUCGCCUCGGACGACGCCGGCAGCAUCUACUUUGCCACGGGCAACGGCUACGCCUCGCAGCUGGCGACCAUCCCCGUCUCUGGCUUUGAUCCCCCGACCGCCCUCGAGGAGGCCGUUGUCCGUCUCAGCCUGGCGGAGGACGGCAGCGUCCGCGUCGUCGACUUCUUCAUGCCCUGGGAGAAGCAGCAGCUCGACGGCGCCGACGACGAUCUCGGCACCAGCCCCAUCCAGAUCCUGCCCUCGGAGACCUUUUCGUGCGGUGACGUCCGACGCAUGGGCGUCAUCACGGGCAAGACGGGCAAGACGUACUUUGUGAACCUCGACAACCUGGGCGGCUACCGCAACGGCGCGGACGGUCUCGAUGCCGUCAUCCAGGUCUACGCCGGGCCCCGAUCCGUGUACUCGGGCGCGGGCGUCUACCCCCUCGAGGGAGGCUACAUCUACAUCAGCCCGACGGGCGGCAACCCGACACACGUCUUCUCCUUCUCGUGCGAGGACGGCCAGGCCCGGUUCACCCGGAUGGCCGAGAGCAAGAACCUCAACGCCGUCAUCCUGGGCGUCAGCCACGGCACCGUCACCUCGCUCGACAACCAGCCGGGCACGGGCCUGCUCUGGAUCACGGACCGUCGUGGCGACAGCGUGCGCGUCUACGACGCCGUCCCGACCGAGGACGGCUACCUCAACCAGAUCAAGGGCAUCUCGGUCGAGGGCGUCACCAAGUUCAGCCGCGCCGUCUUUGGCGACGGCAUGAUGUAUCUGGGCAGCGUCGUCGGCAACAUCUACGGCUUCGGCGCGCCCACCAACCCGCCGCUCGCGUGUGAGGAGACCCUUGCCUUUGGCACCGUCGACACGGCCGAGGAGAGCGCGGUCAAGGAGGUCACCUGCCAGGCCACGAUUGGUCUCACCGUCGACAAGGUCAGCCUCACCACGGGCACCCACUAUGUGCUCUCCUCCCUCCCCGACGGCGAGCUCACCCUCGCCGCCGGCGGCUCGUUCACGUUCAGCGUCCAGUUCUCCCCCAAGCGUGUUGGCCUCCACACGGACGCGGUCAAGAUUGCGACUGCCAACAACGUCGAGGGCUACAGCACCACGACGAGCGUCCGUCUCUCGGGGACAGGCGAGGCGGCCGACGCCCUCCUCGACGUCUCGCCCGACAGCGUGACGUUUGCCGACGUCGUCUCGGGCGAUGGGCCCUCGGACCGCGUCGAGAACAUCAUCCUCUCCAACGAGGGCAACUCGGCCCUCACCAUUGACGGCGUCUCGUUCAGCGAGUCGGUCGACGGCCCCUUUGAAGACUGGGACGGCGAGCUCCCCCUGCGCGUCGGCAAGUUCAUCGUGACCAACAUCCCCGACACCAUUGCGGCCACGUCGCGCGCCACGCUCGACAUCCAGAUGGACGCCACCGCGUCGGGCACCUUUACCGGUGCUGUCCGCAUCACCUCCAACGGAGGCGAGGGCGCCUUCACCAUGGAAGGCGCCGCUGGUCCCGCGCCCGUGGCCGUCAUCGAGUUCCAGAGCGCCGACGGGGAGGACUGGAUCCCGUACGAGCAGGGCGUGCCCUUUAGCUUCGGCAACGUGACCCAGAACACGGCCUCGGCGCGUCGCAUGCGCAUCACCAACGCGGCCCCCGAGGGCGGCGUCUCCCUCACCCUGACCGUCUCCAAGCCCCCCUUUGGUGGCGCCGGCCUCAUCCGCGCCGCCAACCAGGUCGACCUCGCCGAGGGCACCAAGCUCUACCCGGGCGAGAGCGAGACGGCCGUCCUCUCGUGCGCCGCGCCCAAGACCCAGUGGAACACGGACGUGAUCCGCGCCAACGCGACGUGGACGCUCAACCUCAACGACCCGACCUUUGAGAAGAACGUGAUUGACUUUGUCUGCAACGGCGUCGCCCAGCAGGCACCGCCCCUUUUGUACCCAGGCUACGGCCAGUACCGGUACCUGGGCUGCUUCAAGGAGAACAACCCGGGUCGCCAGCUGCAGAGCCAGCUCUACGGCAGCGACGACAACACCAACGCCCUCUGCAUCGACCGCUGCUCCGAGCGCGGCUGGAUCUUUUGCGGCACGCAGUACCACCGCGAGUGCUGGGGCGGCAACACCAUCCCCUCCCUGCAGGUCGACGACGCCAACUGCAACUUUGACUGCGAGGCCGACGUCAACCAGUGGUGCGGCGGCAACGGGGAGGGCGCGGGCUCCGGGGGCAGCUACAUUUCGCUCUUUGCCGACUCGCUCGAGUGGGAUGGCAACUAUACCAACCCGGACACGCCCACGGACCCGGAGGACCCUCCUCCGACGACACCCCCCGGUGGUCCCGAAGCCAACCCGGGCGUCGACGGGUAUGCGCACAUUGGCUGCUACACCGAGGCGACGUCGGGCCGGGCGCUGCCCUUUGGCAAGACGAUGGAGAGCGCCACGGUGGCCAACUGCGUCGAGGCGUGUGCUGCGGAUGGGUACACCUACGCGGGUCUCGAGUACGCCCAGGAGUGCUGGUGCGGUAGCCAGCUUGGUGUUGGCGCGGUGGAGGCCCCGGAGGGCGAUUGCAACCUGGCCUGCAAGGGGAACCCUGCUGAGCUCUGCGGUGCCGGAUCUCGCCUCAAUGUCUACAGGCUGGGUGGCAGUCCCUCGUCUAGUGGGACGUCCACGAGCAUCGCGCAGACCCCGACCACCACGGCCACUCUCUCUGAGACCCAGACCUCGUCUGCAGGAACCUCGUCUGCAGGAACCUCGUCUGCAGGAACCUCGUCUGCAGAGACCUCGUCUGCAGGAACCUCGUCUGCGGAGACCACCUCUGCAGCCGCUACUACUACUACUACUACUACUACAGCUGCUGCCACCACCACCACCACCACCCAACCUGCGCCUACCAGCACCAAGCCCGUCGAAAAGGCCACCGUCGGCGACUACGACUCCCUCGGCUGCUACAUUGAAACCACCACCGGCCGCGCCCUCACGCCCGGCUUCCUCGCCGACGACGACAUGACCCUCGAGAUGUGCGCCGACUUUUGCGACGCCUACACCUACUUUGGCGUCCAGUACGGCCGCGAGUGCCGCUGCGGCAACGUCCUCAAGGAGGGCAGCAUCCCCGCCCAGAAGCAGACGGACUGCUCGUUCCCGUGCCCCGGCGACAGGAGGUAUCUCUGCGGUGCCGGCAUGCGGUACAACCUGUACAUUCGCGGCGGCAGUGCGUCGCUGUCCCCGUCUGUGUCUUCGAGCAGCCCCGCCACCACGGCCCAGUCGACCUCGGAGACUCUGGCGCCGGAGGAUGUGUCGUCCACUACAGCUGCUGCGACGUCGACAACCGCUCAGGUCACCACAUUGAGCAGCAGCGCCGUCUCUAGCUCGACUGUCAGGCCUGCCCCUUCCACCGUCGAGCUCUCUUCCACCGUCGAGCUCUCUUCCACCACCACCUCCUCUUCCACCAAGGCAACUACCUCUUCCACCACCUCCUCCUCUUCCACCAAGACGACUACCUCUUCUACCAAGACCACCACCACCACCUCCGCCAAACCCACCGCCACCGGCCCCGUCGCUUGGGAGGGCAACGCCAACUUCACCUACUACUCGUGCGUCUCCGAGCCGUCGUCUGGCCGCCUCCUCCCCAAGCAGGUCCACAACAACGGCACGGACAUGACGCCGGCCCUCUGCCUCGAAAAGUGCAGCGGCCAGUACAACUACGCCGGCGUCGAGUACGGCCGCGAGUGCUGGUGCGGCGACGAGCUCAACUUUGCGGGCAACGAGGGCGCCACACCCGGCCGGAACGUCACGGACGACAAGUGCUGGUUUGAGUGUCCUGGUAACGAGACCGUCCGCUGCGGCGCGGGGGGCCACAUGAGUCUCUAUGUGCUGCGGGAGCUGGUGCGCGAGAUGUACGGGCCGGAUGCGGCGUAA